AUGUCCUCGUCUUACCAUCCCCAAAGCGACGGCCAAACUGAACGGGUUAACUGCGCACUGGAGGAGAUGCUUUGUACCUACAUCCAAUCUGACGAACGCAAGUGGGAGCGCUUGCUUCCGGCGUUAGAACUUGCCUAUAACACGACAAGCCAUUUAUCCACCGAGCUCUCUCCCUUCGAGGUCAUGAUCAGCAAGAACCCGCUGACUGCUGCAACUCUUGAUAUCCUAGGCACGUUAGCCCCUACGUUCACUCCUCCGAUGAAUAAGCUUUUCCGGCAGCUCUGCGACAGAGCACAGAGCCACAUCCUGAAAGCAGAAUGGCAGCAGAAAUACUACGCAGACACAAAGCGCUGA